GAUCUCAUCUGUUUGACAUUUACGUGUUCAGUAUAACAGUUUAGAUAAUUCUUUGAAAAAUAAUACAUAUUUUGAAAAUUUCUCUACUCUCUUACUCUGCGAGACCUUUAAAAUUGAUUUUGCUGUUAUGUUGUUAGGUAGUUUAGCUCGUUAGCUGUAAAACAGUAGCUCACACAGUCAGAAAAUAUUGACGUAUAAGUGUUAUAAAAUAAGUAAUAAAGAUGUCGGAUAAGAAUCUGACACUGGGUCAGCGUGUGAUGGUGAUAGGGAAGGAAGUAAAAGGGUCCAUUGCAUACGUCGGCAACCCAACAUUCGCGUCCGGGAAAUGGAUUGGUAUCAUUUUGGAUGAGCCCAAAGGCAAAAAUAAUGGUACACUGCGCGGACAUGCAUACUUCAGCUGCGAAGAGAAGUACGGCGUGUUUGUGAGACAGACCCAGAUACAACUCUUGGAUUCAGAAGACAACCCCAUGGACACCUCCAUGACGGCUUCCACCGAGGAAACCAAACCUACUAGACGUCUCAGCAGUAUAACAGUGGCCCAGAGGUCUAGACCGACCACGGUGCGGCGAAAGGCGUCACCGGCGCAGACGAAGACUGGAAGCCUGUCCAUGUCGAGUUCCAGAACCUCCCUGGCCAGCAGCCGUCAGUCGUUGACGUCAUUCGUGUCCCCGACGACCGAGAGAGGGACUUCCCCCGAUCUCACAAAACGUGCUUCCUUUGUUGAGACUGGUUUCGUGGAGACUUUAACACCUCAAUACACUCCGGGUCAGAGUUUGACCUCGCCAUCAACAGCCUCCGAGGAUAAACUGGCGAACAUACAGGCGCAACAGGAGAUUGUGAACCUAAAAGCUGAGGUGGAAGAUUUGAAGGAGAAGCUGGAAACUCUGAAAGUCAGACGGGCCGAAGACAGGGAGAAGCUUCGAGAGCUGGAGAGAAUGAGGUUACAGCUGGACCAGGCGAAUGAGUUCAAGGCAAAGAUCAUGGAGUCACAGGCACAGCUGCAAAGGGACCUGCAGAGGGCCAAACAAGAGCUGCGUGAAGCCCAAGAAGCCCUGGACCAGCACAACGACGAGACAGCUGACCUGCAAGAGGCAGCUGAAAUGGCGGCUCUUGAUAAAGAAAUGGCGGAGGAGAGGGCGGAGGCUCUACAGCUGGAGCUGGAACAGGCGAGGGAGAAGCUGGAAGAGGCGACGCUAGACCUGCAACUCAUGAGGGCUGAGAUGGAAGCUGGCGGGAAUAUACAGCUCGCUGCGAUGAAUGAAGAACACCCGUAUGCAGCGGGCGACAGUGGCGCCACCGGUUACGAGGUGAGGCAACUACAGCAACAGAACGUCCGUCUGAGGGACACGCUAGUCCGCCUCCGAGACCUCUCCGCCCACGAUAAGCAUGCAAUGCAGAAAAUGAUGAAGGAUUUGGAGCAAUACAAGUCGGAGAUAGCUGAACUGUCGAGGACUAAAGAGAAGCUGUCAGCGAGGGUUGAGGAGUUGGAGGCUCAGGUCGCUGAUCUCAGAGAACAGGUGGACGCCGCUCUAGGCGCUGAAGAGAUGGUGGAACAGUUGGCUGAGAAGAAGAUGGCUUUGGAAGAUCAGGUGGAGCAGCUGAAGCAGGACGUAUCAGAGCUGGAGGCGCUGCAGGAGGUUCACGAACAGCUGGUGGAGUCCAACCGGGAGCUGGAAAUGGAUCUGCGCGAAGAGCUGGAAAUGGCGCACGCUGCUACCCGGGAGGCGGCCCGUGAGCGUGAAGCGGCCUUGGAGACGAUCAUGGAUAGAGAUGCGACUAUCAUCAAGUUCAGGGAGCUGGUGCAGAAGAUGACGGAACAGCAGAACGAGCUCAAGAGCCAGGUUGAGAAUAAACAGGGUGACCACGAGCCGUCUCCGGAGGGCGAAGCGCCCGAGGCUGCGCCCCGCGAGCUCGGAGCCCUGGUGCUCCAAUCCAGGGCUGCCACCCGCUCUGUAGACCUGCAGUUGAGGGCUCUCGAGCUGGAGCAGGCUCGGGCCAGGGCUGAUAGAUUGGCGGCGUGUCUACCUGAUCAUUUCAUGGCACCCAACGGUGAUCACGACGCCAUCAUGUUCAUUCUGCUUCUACAGCGGUUGGACACCAAGUCCGAGAUCAUACUCGGACAGAUCAGGGAGAAGUUCCCACCUGUGAACGUCUGGGAUAAGGAAUCGGUUAUGAGAACCCACACAGCUGUCCAGUACAGCUUCAGAUGCCAGCUGGAAUACCAGCUGCAAAUGAUACAGUGCAUGACAUCUAUGUGGUCUGGUGCGCUGGAGCGCUGCAGUCCUGAACUACUACUGCGAGCUGCUUCAGCGCUGCCGGAUGCUGCAGCACAGGAGAGAGCACUAGAUGCUGCGACCAGUCUGUUGAAGAACAAUGAAUUAGAUGAGAACAGCUCUUUAGAUGGCAUGGAGCGCUGUUGGUCCUAUCUAAGCGCUAUGUGGUCCGCUCUGAACAUGUCGUCGGUGGAAGGCGCGUCUUGUACACGGGAUGUGUUGCUACACUCGUGUUUCGCCCUGGACGCGCUCGCGAGAGCCCUAGCAGCUGAUGGGGCGGCAUUACAGCAUGUUAUGCUGCCGUCCGAUCAUCAGCAAGAGCUGGGACAGCUGCACGAGGCCAUCCAGUCCAGCUGCUCGUCCCUCCAGCAGCAGCUGAAGAGCGUGAGGCGCAGGCUCCAGCCUGGAGUCAAGCCCUCCACUCUGCCUAUAGACGCUCAGCUGGUGGAUCGUCUCCGGGGGUCCACAGCGGCGUCUCUGAGCAAGUGCGCCCGCGCCACCUCCCUCGCCGCCCGGGCUGCUAGCGCCUGCGCCGACACGGCCGGGGAGAGGGGCGAAGGCGCUCCGCUAGCCCACGCAGCCAUACAAGCGGUGUGGCUGGCGGCCUUCGAUAAGAUAUACCAGCAGGAAGAGCAGGGCGUUGUCAAAACUGUGAAGAACGCGCUGUCACAGACGGCCAAGGACGUAGACGCGCUGGCGACCUUCGUGAGGGACCGCGAGUACGACCUGAUGUCCAGCACCAACGGAGCUGAUGAUAUGCCGACUCCGCCAAUAGUGCUCCGAGCGCAGCUGGUGAAGAAACAGCUGGAAGAGACGAAGACCUUGACAAUAAGGCUUGAGAAUAAGGAGGCUGAUAUUAAAGAACUGAAGAAGGCGCUGAAGGCCAAGCAAGAGGAGUUGUCUGAGAUGCAAAUAAGGCGGGAGCUGGGCGAGAGGAAACUGGUCGCUGCGGCGAGGGACGCCGAGCUGAAGUCGCAGCAGCUGCAGCGGCGGCUGGACGACGCGCAGAACCAGUUCAAGAGGAAAGAGAAGGAGUUCGAGGAGACUAUGGACCACCUGCAGCAGGACAUAGACCUGCUGGCCAGCGAACGAGGAGCUCUCAGGGACAAGCUGAAGCUAUACGCUAAGAGGUCACACCACGCUCUAUCGUCGCCGGUGGCUGCGAGGGAGUACCCACCGUCGCCGGUGGCGUCCGCUCCGAGGGAUAUCCAGGAAACGCCAGUGAAGGUCACACCUGGAGUCCCACCUGGAGAGGUCAACGAGGCUUUGCAGCACCAGCUCAAAGUGCUUAGCUGGGCGGUGGAACGAGAGCGUGCGGCGCGGGUAGCCGCCGUUGGUAGGGCGGAGCGCGCGGCGCUCAGGGCGCUCCGCCCUCUACACCACCCAGCGGCGCCGGAGCACGCCAAGAGGAGGGCGGCUGCUGCUGCCUUGGAGACGGAACUGUCCAAACUGCAGGCUGAGUGGACUCUGUUCGUGGCUAGAUCGGGUCUGGUGAAGUUCCCCUCGGAGCCCGGCCAGUACGCGCGGGCCUUAGAACAGCACAAGGAGAAACAGAGACGAGUGAGGAAACAGCUGGAGGAUAAGCUGAUCCGGCUGCAGGUGGAGGCUCGCUCGCUGUUGUUGACUCACCGUCCUUGGCGCGUCUCACUCGCAGACCUCGCGUGCUUCCCAGCACCGGACCUGGCCGCGGCCCUGGACCCCAAGACGGUGGAGGUUGGCACCAUCACGUACCCCGCGGGCGCGGGGCUCAGCGACGACACGAUAUACGUCACGCCCACCCAGCUGGCCAAGUUGCGCGAGAUAGUCACCGAGCUCCAGUCGGACGAGGUUCAGCUCGACCUCAAGCCGCUGGACAGCACCGUGUGCGCAGCUUGAAUGUAAACAGCUCACGACACGUCCGAGCGUGUCUGUGUGUGUGUGUGUGUGUAACACAUACAUGCAACAAGUAGUAGCCUCAUCUGAAUUCCAUGUAACGCGCGUGUGUGCGUGAUAGGCGGGGUCGUCAUGGCAACCUUUGCUAGGGCGACCGAACAGUGUUAUCGUCGGCGCCGCGCGUGCCCGACGACAGCUGUCAGGGCGUCUCCACGGCAACGGUCGCCAUGGCAACCGCGCAGUGGCAGCUGUCAGUGUGACAGAUGGCGUUCUGUAGAUAAUUGUAGAGUCACUUAUGCGCGUGCAACAUGACAUUUAUCACGCACACAUUAACUGUCAUAUAUAAACAUGAGCGCUCAGCUGUUAUCUCACGAUCAUAGGUCAUUGUCCAGUCGAAGGCUGUAUUGAUGUCUGUAACUACCACAAUGCAACUGUAUUAAAUCUCGGCUGAAUAUACAAGACCGUGUACAUAAUGUAUCAUAGGAUUAAUAAAGUAAAAAAAAAACUUUCUAACCAGUCAUUCAUUUGAAAGAUAUAUAGAAACUUUUUGCUUAAUUAACUCUUUAGUCCCUACUUUAAUUCCUUAUUGUGAUAUCCAUCUAUAUCUAAGUUAACAACUUAAUGUAGUGUUAAUGAAAUUAAGAAAAAAAAACCUUAUCAAUUCAUAAUGCUGAGGGAAAUUCCUUAAUUACAUGAAAAUUAAUUGUUUAAUUUCUCUUGAAUUACUUGCAACCGACCGUCUCGCUCACUAUAGUUGUUCUAGUGGAGAGUUGUGAGACAUAAUAAAGGCUUAUUUAUUAAA